AUGUGGCCUCUCCGUACCACACUCUUCAUUUUUCCUCUCUUUCUCUUCUUCAUCCUCCUGUCCCCUCAGGAGGCUCAGGCAAAAAAGAAGUCCAAGCAGAAAGGGGAUGACGACUCUCCGGCCGGAACGUCUCUGGGAUCAGGUGAACUGACCACCAAAGAGGGUCACCGCUGCACCUGGGAGACACUGGAGGGCGGGGCUAACGUGAUUCUACAGGUGAGCUGCUCCACUGCCGGGGAGGGACUUGGGCAGACCUACGAGUGCCGAUUCGCUGGCAAGCCGGAGCAGUGCUCUGCCUACAACUCCAAAUCAUCCCAGUAUUGGAAACAAGUGGUGGGAAAGCUGAAAAAGCGAGGGAACGCUUGCGAGGGAGAGAGAGUGCUGAAGACACGUCUGUGUAAGAAAGCACCAGCUGAGUCUCAUAUGAAGCUAACUGAGAGGACUGGGGAGGAAACAACAACUGGCCUCAGUGAGAGAAUGAAAGAGGAGAAGAAGAAGAAAGAAACAGCAGCUCCAACAAUGAACGAUAAAGAGAUGGAAGAAGCGAAAAAGGAGGGCAAGGAGACGGCGCCUGUGCCUGAGGCGAGAGAUGGAGAGGUGAAUGAUGGGUUUUCAGACAUGGAGCCAGCAGAAAACUACUGUGGGGAGGGAUGGCACUCCAUCUGUCGCUUUUUUGUAAGGUUCUUUGAUGGUUAA